GUUUGCUGAGUUCAGUUGAGAGCGAACUGCAAGCCCAUUUGGACGCAAAUGGAGCUGUUCCGUCUUGGAUUUUUGAUAGCGCUGCUCUAUCAGCUGACGUUUGGCGUGCAAAGUGCAAAAAUUUUGGCGGUUUUUCCGUUUCCCGGCAAAUCGCAGUAUAUAUUCGCUGAGCAAUACCUUAAAGAACUGGCCAAAAGAGAUCACAAUGUGACGGUAAUAAAUACCUUUGGCAGUAACCAAACGGAGCCCAACUUAAAUGUAAUUGGUGCAACCAAAAUACACGAACUAAUGGCAGCUUAUAGCAGUGCGGACUACAAUCAGCAGGCCAGACAGUGGACAGUGCUGACCAUGACCACGGCAUUCCUGAACAUGUUAACGUCUAGUGUGUUGGAAGACGAAAAAGUGAAGCAAUUGCUCGAAGGCGCCGAAACCUUCGAUUUGGUGCUGCUGGAAACUGUGCAGACUGAGGCCUUGUUUGGUCUGGCACAACACUUCAAGGCUAUUACCAUAGGCAUCUCAUCCUACGGAACAGAUCGCCACAUCGAUGAGUUAAUGGGAAAUAUUUCGCCGCUGUCCUACAAUCCCAUGCUCUUAUCCUCGCGCACCGAGCACAUGAGCUACGAGCAGCGCCUGUGGAACAUUUGGGAUGCCAGCCUUGGCUGGCUGCAUAAGCGACUGGUCCAUAUGCCCAGUCAGCAGCAGCUGUAUAAGCAAUACUUUCCCCAGGCCAGCCGAACGCUGGAGCAGGUGCUGGACAACUUCUCGCUGAUGCUGCUGGGGCAGCACUUCACGCUCAGCUAUCCGCGUCCUUAUCUGCCCAACAUGAUUGAAGUGGGUGGACUGCAUUUGCAGCACUCUAGAGAGCCCCAACCGCUGCCGGUUGAGUUGGCCAAGUUUGUGGCGGAUGCCCAGGAUGGUGUCAUAUACUUUUCCAUGGGCUCAAACAUCAAGAGCGCCGAUUUGCCGGUGGCAACGCGUCAGGUGCUGCUGCAGGCAUUUGGCAGCCUCAAGCAGCGCGUCCUGUGGAAGUUUGAGCAGGAGCAGCUGGAGGACCAGCCCAAAAAUGUGCUCAUUAGCAAAUGGUUUCCACAGCCUGAUGUUCUGGCGCAUCCCAAUGUGAAGCUCUUCAUCACACACGGCGGCCUGCUAAGCACCAUCGAGAGCAUUUACUUUGGCAAACCGGUGCUGGGUCUGCCUGCUUUCUAUGAUCAGCAUUUGAAUGUGGAGCGCGCCAAGCAGGCGGGUUUUGGCCUGGCCCUGGAUCUGUGGACCAUGACUGCCGCCCAGUUGCACGAUCAGGUUGUGGAGCUUCUCAGCAACGCCAGCUAUACACAGGCAGCGCAGCUAAAGUCAAAACUAUUUCGCGAUCAGAAGGAUACGCCGCUAGAACGCGCCAUCUGGUGGACGGAGUAUGUACUGCGGCACAACGGCGCUCAGCAUCUGCGUUCCGCAUCGCGUGAUCUGAGCCUAGCCCAGCUUCAUGGUCUGGACACAUGGGGCCUACUCUGUGGCGUCACAUCGAUAAUUGUCUUGGUGCUUUUAUUUGUGCUCUCGGCUCUGUUGAGAAUAUUACGCUACAUUCUAUGUAAACGAUGCAAGAUAGACGCUAAACAAAAAACACAGAGCUGGGAACGAACACACGAAAUGUUCUCUCUACGGCUCUGCUGCCUCUUACCAUUAGUUUUAUUGCUGCCAAGUCUCCUUGAUGGCGCACGGAUACUUGCGAUAUUUCCCUUUCCGGGUCCAUCACAGUACAUAAACGUCUUGCCCUAUUUGAAAGGCCUCGCAUCGCGCGGUCACGAGGUUACAUCGGUUAACGCUUUUCCCCAAAAGAAGCCAGUAAAAAACUUUCGUGACAUUGUCGUACCUGAAGUAUUUCAAUCCUAUGAUGAUAUAAUUUCCAAUAUUGAAGCCUACAGAAACGUGUGGCAGGAGAACACAUUCAUUAAUGAUUUUUUUAUCAGCAUUACAAAGAAAGUGUUUGAAAAUGCCGAAGUACAGCGGGAGCUGUUAAAGCCCGGCAAGGCCCAAUAUGAUUUGAUCAUUGUGGAGGCCCUGCGUACCGAUGCACUCUACGGGUUUUCAGCGCACUUUAAUGCGCCUAUCAUUGGCCUCUCGACAUUCGGCACGGAUUGGAAUGUCGAUGAGUUGGUGGGCAAUACUUCGCCCAUCUCAUAUACCCCACUAGUUACGGCGGGCUUGAGCGAUCACAUGACCUAUUGGCAGCGUGUGCGCAACUUCUUUGAGACCGCUAUAGCCUGGCUUAAUUGGAAACUGAUGUAUAUACCGGUGCAAAAUCAACUCUAUGAGCAAUACUUUCCACAUGUCGCCCAAAAGAAACCUUUGGCAGAGCUGAGCAAAAACUUUUCGUUGAUAUUGCUUAAUCAGCAUUUUUCGCUGAGCUUUCCGCGUCCAUAUGUGCCCAAUAUGAUCGAAGUGGGAGGACUGCACAUUUCUCACACGCCAGCCCCCUUGCCCAAAGAGAUAGAGGAAUUUAUUCAAGGCGCCGGCUCAGCGGGUGUUAUCUACUUUUCCCUGGGCUCAAAUAUAAGGAGCAAGGAUCUUCCACAGGAGCGAAAGCAGAUGCUGCUUAAGGCUUUCGCCAGUAUACCACAGCGUGUGCUCUGGAAGUUUGAAGACGAUCAGUUGCCCGACAAGCCGGCUAAUGUAUUUCUUAGCAAAUGGUUCCCCCAGCCCGACAUACUAGCGCAUCCCAAUGUGAAACUCUUUAUCACACACGGCGGCCUUCUCAGCACCAUUGAGAGCAUCCACCAUGGCAAGCCCGUGCUGGGGCUGCCCUUCUUCUACGAUCAGUUUUUGAAUGUGGAGCGCGCUAAGCGCGCUGGCUUCGGUCUGGGACUCGACCAUAAAGAGAUGACAACAUCGGAAUUUAAGCAGACUAUUGAACGUCUAAUCAAUGAUCCAAAAUUUUCGACAACAGCACAGCUUAUGUCAGCUCGGUACCGCGAUCAGCCCAUGAGCCCACAGGAGACGGCCAUCUGGUGGACGGAGUAUGUGCUGCGCCACAAAGGCGCUUCCCAUAUGCGAGUGGCUGCGCAGGACUUGAGUUUUGUGGCUUAUCAUAGUCUCGAUGUGUUUGGCAUGUUCUUGGUUGUGGGCAUACUAAUUUUGGUUACAAUUUAUGUUGUGCUAAAGAAGCUGCUGUGCAGCUUACAAGGUCAACAGGUAUCGGGCAAAGACAAAUUGAAACAUCACUAGUUUAUUCAAUUUUUUUUUAUUAAUUUUUUGCAAAUAUAAAACAUAAAAUUUUAAAAUCAUUUUGCAUUAUAUUUGAAUUAAUGCACAAUAGCUCUUGCCUACCCAAAUUAUAGAGUUGCCAGAAUAAUUGAAUACAUUGGAUAAUAUUGGUUCACUUUAUGUGGCAUAAAUAUUACUCAUUGCUAUGUAGCUCAUUAUGGUGUGGGUAACCAAAAAAUGUGCAUCAACUGGCCUCCAAUCAGCUUCAUACGCGGCGUAUCCGUAAUAUAAAAUUGCAGCGCCA